UUUAGAGUUGACUAGCGGAUCCUUCGGCGUUACAAGUAUGGAUCAGACUCAGACUGUGGUUGCAACCAUCCGUAAAGAAUCGGAGAUGCAUAGGCAUGCCGAAACAGAGCUGGCCUUGGUCAAGGGGGAGGAGACCUGGAUCACCCAACCUGGGUAACCGCCCAGAUUUGGUGAUGUUUGUUGAGUCCAAUAAUUAAGCGCCCAUCACCUCCGCGUGGACGCAAAUUGCGUCACGCAAUAGCCUUGGACAUUGGCCGUCCACGACUAAACCCCUUUUCCUCACUGUCAACUCAGUAUCCUCAUAUUCAACUCACCGGAAGUAUGGCGUUUGUGUGUCAACAAUGCAAGGAAGCUUUGCACCUCGACGCGUCACUUGUGGAUCUGACGCCUUCAGCAUACGACAUGAUCGGUGCUUCUUUACCGAGUGCACCUCCCUCGCCCGCCCGCUACAUGUCGGAGGCCGAGCAACUUGCCCACCUUCCGUCAUCUUCCGCAGUGAAGAAUGUGUGGCAACAUUCGAAACACUCGUCUCAUGAGAAGCCUACUACGUCUCAUUCUAGUCGGCCCCGCGACAGACAAUCUCAGCGUGUUCAUUUGCCUCCUAAUGAGUCAUUUGUGCUGCUCCAGGAAAGCGUUCUCAACGAUCUUCCUGCCCCCAGUUCCGCUGCUCCAAUGGCACACCAGAACUUCAGCCCUCGGGGCAACGGCAAAGUCAUCGCUCAGGACCAGCAAUCAUCUCUCUUGGGACCCGAUCACCCGUCUCCAACCCCGAUCUCGCACCAUCUUCGCUCUUCUCUUCGAUUGUUUAGUCUUCUAUCGACUCGAACGGACAUUGAUCACCCCCUCUGCGCGGAAUGCGCCCACAUCUUGCUAGCCUCAUUGCAACGCCAACUUGAUGAAACGAAGAAAGAACGAGAUGGUUACAUUGCGUUCGAAAAAGAAGUCAAGAAGGAAAGAGAGCGGGAGUCCUCAGAAAUGCCCAAGGAUGAAGUGGAGAAAAAGAUAGAGAAACUAGUGGCUGAGGAACGCGUAGCAAUCGAUCACUUACGCCAGGCAGAACUCGAAAGGGAACAGCUAGAUGAGGAGCUCAGAAUUCUUGAGCACGAAGAGAAGCUACUUGCGGAGGAGGAAACCGAUUUCUGGCGUGGCUACAAUGAGCAGUUGCUUGCUUCCGCCGACCAGGCUUCGCAGCUCGCUUCUCUGAGAGCGGCAUAUGCCGCCGACUAUGCGACUCUGGAAAAAUUAGAGCGAGCGAACGUUUAUAAUGACGCGUUCUGCAUUGGCCAUGAUGGCGUCUUCGGGACAAUCAAUGGGCUUCGGCUUGGGCGAGUCCCUGGCGUUCCGCAGGUGGAAUGGUCAGAAGUGAAUGCGGCGUGGGGCCAGACGCUUCUCCUUCUGUACACAAUCGCUCGAAAACUGGACUACUCGUUCGAGACAUAUCGACUAGUCCCCAUGGGCUCUUUUUCUCGGAUCGAAAAGGUGAUUGGAGACAAGGCCAUUUACGAGCUUUAUGCCUCUUCGGAACUUCAUCUUGGACGCUUGCUGCACAAUCGACGCUUUGAUCUGGCCAUGGUCGCUUUCCUAGACUGCCUGAAGCAACUUGUUGACUAUGUGAAGUCUCAGGAGCCUUCGCUGGAGUUCCCGCACCAGAUAUCAAAGGAUAAAAUUGGUGAAGCCUCUGUCAAAUUGCAAUUCAACCAAGAAGAAGCCUGGACGCGUGCGCUGCGACACGUCCUUCUCGCUCUCAAGAUUGUCCUGAAAUGGACGACGAAUGGCGGCAAUGGCUAAGUUCCACGUUGGCCUACGCACUAUCCCUUCUACUUUUAUGUUCUGCCGUGUCUCGGAGUUGGCUUUUCCCAGUUCCUUUCCCGAUCUGUCGAUGGCGCAAUGGCAAGCGGCAAAUGGUCAUGCAUAUUUUCGCUUAGCAUGGGAGAAACGUCGGUAUACUCUACUACUGUAUAAUUCCAGUAAGUACACAAGGCAGGUGAUUCGGAUUUGAAGUUUUUGACCGUGCGCACCUCGAAAUCGGAGUGCCCGAGUGCCACCCAAUUGCAUGCGGUAACAAUCCCAGCAUGACUAACAUAUUGAUAGUCAUAUUUCUUGCUAAGUAGCGCUACAUCGGAUGCUCUUAGUUACUGC